ACGACGUUUGCCUGGUAGGACUUGGGCGAAAACCAAGCGAUUUUUCAAGCAGAAAAAAAUACACGAGGAAAAAAAGUCCUACGUCGCCCGUCAUCGGCCAGCUCACCUAGAGCCCCUCUCGUCGUCGGUGCAGAAAUCGCACACGUUUGCGCCCGCACCGCCCGUCUCCUCCACAAGUCCACAGCCAGCCUGCAGUCAACGAGAAGUCCACAGUCCACCGGAGUCCUACCCAGUCACCCAGUAUUACCUACCACCACUACCACCACCACCGCUACUGCUCCUACUACUGCUACCACAUCCGGGAGUCGCAUCCAGCUGCUCCUGCCUCUGCUGCCGUCGCUACCUCACACUUGCCUGGCCCCCCGCUUACUCGCGCGCUGCCACCCCUCCCUUAUCGUCCUCCACCCCUCUCUGCUCCUUCGCCGCCUUGAGUCUCGUCCUGGUCCCGGCGCCUGUCCUGCGAAGGGACCCUGCUUAUCGGCCCCCAGCCCGCCAGCCUCUUGGGCCUGCUCACCCGCCUUUUUCUCCAGCCGACACCUCACAUCAGACGCGCACCCCCUUGGGCUUAGGUCCCCUCAGGUCCUACCUAAGCUCAAUUAAUCUCGCCUGUCUCGCCGUGCCCUUUCUUCCGUCCUCUUUCUUUUUUUCUUUUUUUUUCUAUUCCCCUCCUCGUCGGCGCCCCGUUCCAUAUGAGUUCUAUGAACUCGCGCUUCAAAGCCUUGGGUUUUGGUAAACGACGAUCCACAGCCAGCAUACAAGGCCCCGAGGCCCCAACGUCGCACCAGCAAAUUCCGCAGCAGCAACAACACCAACAACACCACCCGAAUACCCCUCCCCCUCCUCCCAUCCCGCCGAACUCGUCCGGUCCACCACAACUGCCGCCAGUCUUCCCCGUCCGUCCCGGGCCAGCGCCCUCGAUCCAGUCCUCGUCGUCGCAGCAGAGCCUUGCUGGAAUGAAUCACCCAGGCGCCGGCCCCCGCCCGCCUAGUUACACGGCAAACUACCCGCCCCAGCCCGGCGGCCCGGCACCUCCCCUCGGCCGCACCAGCCCCCUGACCAACCAAGGCCCAACCCGCACUCCGCCGUCCCAAAUGGUUGGCGGGCCUCCUCCGAUCAACACGGGCGCCCCCGGCGGCGUCACCGGCUACCCUCCGCCCAUGGGUGGCCCGCCGCCCAUGACCAACGCCCCUCCGGGCUAUGCUGGCGCCGCCGGCUACCCCCCGCCGGGCCCUCCCCAGCCCCAGGGCAACAUGCCCAUGCCCGCCGCCUAUGGCAGGAAUCCCGCUGCCGAGGUCGAGGGCAACAGCAGGAGCAAGGCCCAGCUGAUUGUCGGAAUUGAUUUUGGCACUACGUUUUCUGGUGUGGCUUUCGCUUUCGCGACCAACAACGAGGCGAAGGAGGACAUCAUUACCGAAUGGCCUGGCGCCGGUUCGUACACAAAACAAAAGAUUCCCACCGUCCUUUACUAUGACCAGUACCAAAAGGUGGUGGGCUGGGGCCCCGAUAUCGCCGAUGCCCUGGCCCCUACCGGAUACCCCAAGCCCGGAGUGCAGAAGGUCGAGUGGUUCAAGCUCCAGCUGAUGCUUUCGGGCAACACGUACAUCGACCCCAUCAACCUGCCGCCCCUGCCGCCCGGAAAGUCGGAGAUCGAUGUAGCGGCCGAUUACCUAUUCAAGCUGCGCCAGGCCAUGCGAUCGGCGCUCCAGAAAACGCUCGGCGAGGUCUUCAACCGCGAAGAGCGCAACAUCCGCUACUACCUGACGGUGCCCGCCAUCUGGAACGAUGCGGGCAAGGCGGCGACCAGGGCUGCCGCCAUUCAGGCCGGGUUCCUGCGCGACGAGAACGACAACAGGUUGACACUAGUCAGCGAGCCCGAGGCUGCCUCGCUCUUUUGCUCCAAGGCUGGCCUGCUAAACCUGAAGGUGCACGACGCGGUGCUGAUUGUCGACUGCGGUGGUGGCACCGUUGAUUUGAUCGCAUAUGAGGUCGAGGACGAGAACCCCUUCACCGUGGCCGAGUGCACGGCUGGUUCGGGUGACUCGUGCGGUUCGACGGCGCUGAACCGCAACUUCAGCAACAUCCUGCGCACCAAGAUCCGCAAAAUGAAGCUGCCCGACGGGUCCAAGACGGCAGGGCGUGUGUACGCCAAGUGCAUCAUGGAUUUCGAGAACAGGAUCAAGGCCGAUUUCCGUAACAACGGCCAGAAGUGGGCUGUCGACGUGGGCAUCGAGGCCGAGUUCCCCGAGGCCGGCAUCGAGGAAGGCUAUAUGACAUUCACCAACGAGGAGAUCCUGCAGUGCUUCGAGCCCGUCGUCAACCGCAUUCUGGAGCUGGUGCGCAACCAGAUCAUCGCCAUCCAGGCCCAGAACCGGACGCUGCAGAACAUCCUGGUCGUCGGUGGUUUCGGUGCGUCUGAGUACCUUUUCCAGCAGAUCAAGCUCCACGUGCCGCCUCAGUUCCAGUCCAAGGUCGUCCGGCCCAUGGACUCGGUAGCUGCCAUCGUCAAGGGUGCCGUCACGGCGGGAAUCACGGAGCGGGUCAUCACGCACCGUGUGGCGCGCAGGCACUACCUGAUGGCGACGCUGCAGCCCUUCAAGGAGGGUUACCACCCCGAGGCGUACCGUGUGCCUUCGCUGGACGGAAAGGACAGGUGCAAGUUCACGCGCCAGAUCUUUGUGCAAAAGGGCCAGAAGGUCAAGAUUGGCGAGCCCGUCAAGGUCUCCUUCUUCCGCCAGGUCGCACCGGGCGCCACCCUCAUGUACGAGGACAUACUGUAUGCGUGUGACGAUGACGUGUGCCCGGAAUACACUAAGGAUCCCCGCAUCAAGGAGGUUGUCACGCUCACCUCUGAUCUCUCGCGUAAGAACCUUGAGAAGGACUUUGAGCGCAUGGACACACCACAAGGAACCUUUUACAGGGUGUACUUUGAUAUUUACCUGACGCUCGACGGAUCCGAGUUCAGUGCCGAGCUGGUCUGUCAAGGAGAGGUCAUGGGACGGUGCAGGGCCCGCUUCAGAUAGAAGGUGUCGAAAAUCCAAGCGGGACGGGGGCUAUCUUUUUGGUUCAUACCAGGGCUGUAUAAGGGGAAAUGGGGGAGAGGGCUGUCCUAUUAUAUCCACCUAUUCUUAUUCCUUGAUGACCCGCUUCUCGUUCUCCCCUACUGUUUCUUCUUCCAUAUCCUCCAUUCCGCGAUUUCUUUCAUGUCUUGCUUUAUUUCUUGUUUGACAUUCCAGCAAGCUGCAGGUUUAUAGAGCCUGGCCAUGCAUGAAAGCUUCCCUCCAAAAAGGGUCAGAUCUCGGGCGCGUGUAGGACAUUUGGUUUUUAUUGCCGGCUUUGAAUAAAUGGAUACCUACCUCAAGAUAUAUACUGACGUCAUGGCGGAGAGGAAAAGCAAUGAUGAAAAACAAAAGAACAACCA